AUAAUACAGGCAUAAACUCCAGAAUGAUCCGUCAACUUGAAACCAUUAUUCCGAACAAUCUCACAAGUGAAACAGAGUACUCUGCCAGUAGGGCAACAAAGAAGUUCAAGACAGAGCCUACCAACCCUCUCUUACUAGAGAUCAAAGAGGUCAAUCACAAGUUUUUCAAUGUGGUCGUGGAUAUUAUAGACAAGGACGACGUUUCCAUGACAGGAUUCAACAAAGGAACUCUCCUUAGAUGUUCAUACAUUCCCAUGGGACUUAGAAACACAGAGGUGCCCAACGCAUCGAAACAAAUGUUUCCUACCCUAGUCCUGGAACUGAUUGUUGAUGUCGAUUAUCCCUCCUCCUCUCCAACCAUACUCGAUCCCAAACCUCCUAGUUUCAGUGAACCUGAGGAGAAAGACCUGUGGGAGAAAGCAAGAUCAAAGCUCGGCUAUUUACUAAGAAAGCUUCAUGAGCCGAUAUCACUCAAACAGAUGGUGGAAGCAUGGAAUGUUAGCACACACGAAGUAUUCCUAGAGUUUGCCGAGCAAAUGGGGGGCGGUAGCUUCUCUACAAACUAUGGCAAGUGGGAAGAGUACGUGCUCGCUAUCUAA